AUGGCUCUCAACACAUCCGUCACGUUCGAGCUCCCACCACUGCCGACAUAUACCUUGACCCCCCGAGAACCGCUCCUUGCUCCGAUCCCGGACAACAUCUUGGCCCUCAUCCUGCCCAUUGUCGCCUACUGGGCCUUGUCAAUGUUCUAUCACUUCCUCGAUGUCAAUGAAUACUUCGUCCAGUACCGUCUACACACUCCCGCCGAAGUCUUAAAGCGAAACCAUGUUACCCGCUGGGAGGUUGUGCGCGAUGUGAUUUUGCAGCAGGUGAUCCAAACAAUCGCUGGGAUGUCCAUGUCCUAUUUUGACGCCGAGGAAGUGGUUGGCCGGGAAGAGUACGACGUGGCCGUGUGGGCACAGCGGCUCCGGAUCGUCCAGAAAGCUUUCCCCCGCUUGUUGGCUCUUGUUGGAGUCGACUCCCUCGGUCUGGCAAAGUCGUUGUCGCUGAAUGGACACUCGAUAUUGGCGGGAGUUCUGGCUGGAGGCUCGUAUCCCGGUGUCACACAGUCCCUGCUGCUUGACACGGGAGCGGAAGUCGUGGCACCGGCGUUUGCGAGCUGGGAAUUGUCUGUCGCCAGCUUCAUCUACUGGUAUCUCAUCCCCGGGCUGCAGUUCGCCCUGGCAGUCGGCAUCGUCGAUACCUGGCAGUACUUCUGGCACCGUGCCAUGCACCUGAACCGCUGGCUCUAUGUUACGUUCCAUUCCCGCCACCAUCGUCUCUACGUUCCUUACGCGUUCGGUGCCCUUUACAACCACCCCGUUGAGGGAUUUCUUCUGGACACGGCGGGCACGGGCGUGGGCUUCUUAGUCUCCUGCAUGACCAACCGGCAGGCUAUAUGGUUCUUUACCAUCUCUACCAUCAAGACCGUUGAUGACCACUGUGGCUACGCCUUCCCCUGGGAUCCUUUGCAGCACAUCACCUCCAACAACGCAGCGUAUCACGAUAUCCACCACCAAAGCUGGGGCAUUAAGACCAACUUUUCGCAGCCUUUCUUCAUUUUCUGGGACCGUCUGCUCAAUACUCAGUGGAAGGGCGACGUCAAGCUUCGCUAUGAGCGAUCUCGCGAAUCCGCUCAGAGACAGGUGGACGUGGAUGCCGCGAAUGCGCCGCCCGCUGCCGGCCCGAAGGCCCAUGAACAUGAGCCCGCUGUAGUUUUAUCGGAGGGUCCGGCCGGCCGUACACGCCUGCGCCGCAAAACCGCUACGCUGUCGCCGCGGGUUGAUAGCCUAAAGGGCGCGACUCACGGCAUGUCCGGCAGCGUCCUCCAAAGCUGA